AUGGAUUCAAUUAUACAAUCGCUAUCAUCACACAAGAAGCUUGACCGAGAUCGUGGGAUCGGAGCCCUUUCUCGACACCUAAAAGCGAAUUCUGGAACAGAAAACGAAUCACCUCUUCUCAUCCUAAUCAAAGGAAAAGUAGAAUUCAAUGACUCAGAAUACUCCAUAAACCCAGAAGAGUCAAUACCAUGGGAGCAACUGCACGGUGCUCUACAAGCUCUGUCUCUCUACAUCGACUGUUGCAGUGAAACUUGCUCACCAGAGUUCUUCACCACCGCCACCAACGCAGGACAGCAGUAUCUUACACACCACGAGACAAGGGUUCGUACUGCUGCCGGGCAACUCCUUGGUGCUCUUGCUAAGUUCCGAGGGACUAGCGUUUACUUGUCCUGCAAGUCGGAGUUAUUAUCUGGUAUUAUAGUGUGUUUGGAGAGACACGAAGAGGCUGACAACAAGAUAAAAGAGAAGUUGAAUGGGGACACUUCUGAGUCGGUGUUCCACGAUACAGCUGGGUGGGGGAACUUAGAAACCAACAUGAAAGCACUGGAAUGCAUCAUAACCAACACUGGAGCCGAGUUUGAUGACUGUAUUGACAGUGCUCUGUUGGAUCUGGUGUUUGGUUCUUUAAGUCACACAAACAGGUUUGUCCGGGAGACUGGGUAUAUGGUGUGCUGUGCUCUCGUCUCCAUACACCCUCUCAACGAACAAUCAGAAAACAAGGGCCACAUUUGGAGUGAAGGAAAGCGGUUUGCAGACGUCCUAGAGAGGGGUCUAUCAGAUAAUUGGUCACAGGUAAGAAUGGCAGCAUGCUGUGCGACCCGUGCUUUCUUGCUGGGUAUCCCUGUUGCUGGUAGGGACGAGUUCUAUCCCCAGAUCCUCCCACCUCUCUGUCUCAACAGGUACUACAUAGCUGAAGGGGUAAGGAUCCACUGCCAGACAACUUGGAGAAUGUUGUUCAGUGUGACAGGAGUGAAGGCUGUUGAGUUACACCUCAACUCUAUAGUGCCCUUCUACAUCAAACAGUCUGAAGCUGAUAACCACGCUGUAAGAGAAGCGGCUUGCGCUUGUAUUGCUGAGCUGGCCACUAAAGUUGGAAGUGAUCCAGUGAGGGUUCAUGUUCCAACCCUGAUCCAGGGACUGCUUGUUUGUUUUGAGGAUGAUAGUUGGCCGGUUAGGGAUGCUGCUUGUACUGCGUGUGGUAAUUUUGUGUCUGUUUUUGCUGAAGAAUGCCGAGCUUACAUUGACAGAUUAAUGCCGCUGUUCUAUAUGAACCUUGAAGAUAACAUACCUUCAGUAAGACAGGGUGCAGCUAUUGCUAUUUCCAACAUUGUCCGGGCGUACUUAUCACCCCUGUCCAAUGAUGUGGUAGCUAAGUUGUCUGAACUUCUUGAUGCUGUUGAUGGACAGGAAGAUGACAGCACGCUUUACUCUGAUCUCAGCAAGAAGCCCGCUGUAUUUGGGGUGGCGAUGGCAGACGAUCCUGCUCAUACAAACCAGGUUAUGUACUCCUGUGGGUCUCUGGCCCCCAAGAUGGGGCGAGGGGGCAAGGCUCUUGGUGCUGGGGGUUGCUCUGCUUCUCAUCACUUCAAAAGACCAUCCCAACCUUGGGAGCGUACUGAUGGUGCUGUCAGGCUGUUCAUGGAGUUGAGCGACGUUAACGAUACUAAAUCUGACCUACUUCCCAUGGUUCGGAAAAUUUCAAGUGCCACUAGAAAACGGAACUUUGAACAUCACAAGCAUCUCCUGGAAACAAUUUAUAAAUGCAUCCCGAUGAUUUUUAGACGAUUAACUAAAAUUAAGAUAAAGCCAUUUAUAAAUGACUUCUUUGAUGGAUUAUUUUACGGGCUGAAGUCAGACAAUAAUCUUUUAAAGGCUGCCUCUGUAGAAUGUCUUCAAUCUUUGUCCUUACUUUUAGGCCCAAACAUUUUGAAGGGUCGUAUUGAAAUGACGGAUUAUAAUAUGAUGCUCUAUGUUCAAGACGCUUUCCCUGAGACUAUUGGCAUGUAACGUAUAUUUUUUCUAUUUAUGUUUUGUUUUCCAGGAAAAGAUGAUGACAUCUUGAAUAUAUUAUCCGUUUUUAGCAUAAUUCAGUUGUUCUAGAUGCUGGUAUUGUCAAUUUUACAUGAACUGUUCUAUUUUGUAUCUUAUUCAAUAUAUCAAUACAAUAUUUAUUUUCAUGAAUUCAUUGAAUGGAUUUAAAAGUUUAUGUCUGGAUAACUUAUUAAUUCUUCGUUUAUUACGAUUUAUACUUGUGUU